GGGUAUCAUCAUUUCUAUUCAUCUAGGAUACAAUCUGAAGUCUAACCGUACUCUAACUCUAAUUUCUUGCACCAAUACACCAGAGAGAGUGAUGAAUGAAACCAAAUCAAUUCAGAUUUUCGUCACCAUAGUUCCAUAAGGCAAAAAUGAAUUUUAAAAUUUAUUUUUCAAGAAAUUAAGUAUAUUAAGUUUUAUUAACGCACUAAAAUAAGGGAUUACCCAACCAGUAGGUUACUAGUUACUACUAGUUAUAUUUAUUUCCCUCAAUUUCUAUUCUCAAAUUUAAAUGUAGGUUCUUCAGUAAAGCAAGGGAGACUACAGACUAUUGGUGCCAUAACGUAUCGCACGGCCACCUUCUUGGUUGCUACUACCCGUGAACUUUUAUAAUUGUCACUAAACCUUACCUGACUGAACCCUAAAUGUAUCCCUAAACCUAACCUGAACCCUAAUGGUAUUCCUAAUAACACCAAUUCUCUGCAUUUGUAUUGGAAAUGGGUGUUGUGUUGGUGCAGAAGAAUCCAAGAUUUUAAUGUUUUGGGGGGUUUGGGCUUUUCCAUUAACAAAAGGACAAUCUUGUCAUAACUUCUGGUAUCCUUACACAUGUUUACAUUAGGGGACAUCUUGAUCUACAUUCCAUCGUACUGUUUUGCAUUGUUUGGUCAACCUUAGUGACCUUAGUUUUAGAAAUUCAUAGGUGUCUAUUAGGCAGCUUUCCAUCAAAAAAUUUUAAUGAAAUUUUAAGAUCAUGUCAUUCAUAUUAAAUUCUGAAAAACAUUAUAUAUUGAUGUAUAUGUGUGCCUAUUCUCAUUGAUGUAGGUCUUGUCCAACAUUCGCUAUGCUUACCCAAAUAACCUGCAUUACCAUAAGGUUUGCUCAGCCUAAUUUCAACAUGGGAUGGGUUACAUCCCGUUUUUAAUGGCGAAAAAUGCCAAUACUUAGGAAAUAUUUACUUAUUACCACUAUUUACAUCAAAAUAUUUGAUAAAUUAUGUUUUAGAAUGAACUUAAAUGUUAUUGAAAUAAUAAUAUUUUAGUUUAAGAAACCCCGUAGAGUCCAUAUUACCAAUGAUCAAAAUUUGCAGUGUGCAAAAUGCCUUGGGAAGCUAUUCAGUGUCAAUUAUACCAUACAAUCUCAGAGUUUUCAUUCAUAAAAGUUUGCUGUGUGCAAAAAUAAUUAAACCAUUGAUCAGGGAAAGCUUAAAAUAAUUAGUCAUGUGCUAAAGUUGAAAGCUGAAAAUAAGUAAUCCCCAAACAGUAUUUUAGUAAUAAAGGGAUGCAUUGCCAUAUAUAGACUAUAGCAUAUACCGGUAUAAUGGAUACCGUAGAUUUGGUAAAUAGAAAAGCCAUAUAUUAAUACAUUAUAUUAAAUAUACUUAUAUGCAUAGUCCAUUGCUAGAUAAGCUAGAAUUUAUCUAUAAUUGUAUAAAAUUAUUAAAAUAAUUUUUGAUUUAACAUUAGUUCUGAAAAUAAAAGUCAUAUAAAAUAAUAAUUACAACGAGUGAUAUAGCUCUUGAUGCGAACAGCAGAAUUGGGUCACAAGUAUGUGGAGAUGCGGUCCAUGUUUAAAAAAGGCAAAUGAAGUCUUACUUUAAAACUUCGUAACGUUAAAACUACGGUACAACAGCUAAAAUAUUAUUUUAGUGUUAUAAUUCUGUAAAAAGUUAGUUCUAUUCAUCUAUGCCAUUGGUUUAUUUUUUUUUUUUAUAUUUUUUUUUAUCAAAGUACCUUGUUAAAUAUCAUAUAAAAAAAUCAGUACAUAAUUUUUGUUUAAAGUAAAGAAUCAGUAUGCUACCCCAAUAAUGUAAAGCGCACAUCUGGUUUUGAGCAAUCCAACUUUCAUUUCUAAAAAUGACAUCGACUGCUUCCUGCUCUGAACAUUGCCUACAUUGACUUCAAGAGCAUACUUUUUUUCUUUAAAAAAAAAAAAAUUUACAUGUAGGCCUAUCUCUUAUAAGUUAUCUCUUGCUUAUUAUUGUAUUGUCUGCUGAAGAAUGCGUCUAGCUGAAAGUUAUGAUGAAUUAUAUUUUAUUUGCAAGCCUAAUUAUAUCUUGUUUCAAUAGUUAUUCACAAAGUCUCCAUAACUUUUUUUUAAGUCCUACUAACAAUUUUCUGUUUUGCUGGUGUAAUGACAUACACUAUCUGAUCUGAUAGUAAGUUGUUUAAGGAUAGGCUAUAAAUAACUACCAAACUUUUGUUUUUUCUUUUUAGUAGUAACAUUUUAAGUUACAUUUUUCAUUUUGUUUUAUUUACAUUUUUGACCACAAACGUAAACACCAACUUUUAGAAGCUUUGACAUUUUGAAUUCUUUAAAAAUAAAUUAAUAAAGUUUAAGUUACUAUGUUUAAAUUUUAAAUCCUGUUAUCACUGUUUUCAACCAUUCUGGCUGUUUGUUGAGAAAGGCCUACAAUUCUACAUGGAAUAUCAAAAGAUACUGUGUAGCCAUACACCAUAUUGUAGAACAAGUUUUUUGGUCAUUUUUUUAAUGCGCAGAGAGGUUUCAAGGUACCUAACUUGACCAUCACUGUGAAUCACUGCCUGUUGCUUUUGGUUUUGAUAUGUUUGAAGGACCAAUUAUUGUUCAUAGGGAAACAUCAAGAUGAGUCUAAGUCUAGUCAAAAACUUAAAACUCUUUAUAAUUGAUUUGCGAGUUCAUGAAUAUAAUGCAGACAUUGUAGUGAAACGUUAGGAAAAAUUCAACUUUGUCAUCACCUAUGACUAUGCCGACCAAUUUAAACUUGUCAGUGCACUAAAUUAAGGGAUUACCUUUAAAUCUUGGUGAUCCAAAAUCCAAAAAAAUCUUUUACUCUAUGUUGUUUUUCUUAAGUGGUUCAGGUUUUCCCCCUACAUGUGAAUCUAAAAGUGAUCAGUUACUGUUUUAUGUUUAUCAUUGAUUCAACUAAAGUUAAAUGCCGUCGGCCGCAUAUGGACACAUUAAAUUAAAAAUAUUCAGCCUUACCAUUUAUACUUAAAGGGUUCUUAUGUGUAAGUCUAAGACUAAAUGCUAACUAAAAUAAUUCUUUAUAUUUCACGAAUCAAAGCUGGUAUUAUGAUCGUUACACAUUUAAAUACUAACUUUAAAGUAAUAAUAAUGGCUUUUACUUUUUGUACCAUGUCUCUAUAGUCGGACUGCAGAGAGUUAAAGUGUUCUUAUGUGUAAGUUUAAGACUUAAUGCUAUUUACAAUGUAUCUUUAAAUAUCAUGGAUCAAAGCGGGCAUCAUGGUCAUUUCACAUUUAAAUACUAACUUUAAACUAAUAAUAAUGGCUUUUACUUAUACACAGAGUAAAAGAGCUAUUGCACUAAAUUAAUUUCAACCAAAACAGAGGUUGUUGGAAAUUUAAAGUUUAAUAAAAUAAAAUAUAUCAAUAAAAAUUAUAAUAAUAAUUGAUUAUUUUGCAUUGUACCUUUUUUCUUCGUCUUCUUUGCCUUUUCAAUUCCAAGUGUAUAUUAAUAAUUUAUUUCCAAGCCUUCCUAUCUUUAGCUAUCCUCUCUAACUCUCUCCAAGUCUUUGCAGACAUUGUCAUUUAUAUCUUUUUUAUUGACAUAUCUUCUCCAGUUUUUUUCAUGGGUCUUCCUGGUUUUUUUAUCCAUGAGGGGUCCAUACCACUGCUUGUCUUGCUAUACGUGGCAUGCAUUUUCUAAUGGUAUGACCCAGCCAUAUAACCCUUAUUUUCUGGAUUUCUUUCCCAUGGGAUUUGUGCUGUCAUUUUGUUAUGCUUGGAAUUUUGAGGAACCACUUGAUGUUUAGGCAUUUCCGCAAGCAACUAUUCACAAAGGUUUGCAGUCUUUUCCAAUCUUUCUAGGUUGAUCUCCAAUUUUCUGACUCAUAAAGUAGAACAUGCUUAACAUCUGAGUUAAAAAUUUAAUUUUUUGUCUUUCUCCUUAUUUGCCCGAUGUUCCAAAUAUUUUGAAUUCAGCUAACGGCUGCUCUUGGCUUUUGUAUUCUUGCCUUGAUAUCUUCCCCCGAUCCCCAAAUCCUUACUAACUGUUAAAAUACUCUAGUCGAGCACCUUCAAGUAUUUUCUGGCACAACUUCAGUUUAGUUUUCAUUUAUUGCAAGUCCAAUCUGUCAGGAAAUGGAAUCAAAGCCUUGCAAUUUUGUAUUGUAUUUAUUUAUGUUUAUUGCGAGUGCAAUCUGUCAGGAAAUGGAAUCAAUCCUUGCAGUUUUGUACUGUAUUUAUUUAUGUUUAUUGCAAGUCCAAUCUGUCAGGAAAUGGAAUCGAGCUUUGCAUUUGCAGUGUUGUAUUGUAUUUAUUUAUGUUUAUUGGAAGUCCAAUCUGUCAGGAGAUGGAAUCAAGCUUUGCAGUUUUAUAUUGUACCAGUAUUUAUUUAUGUUUGUUUUUUUUUGACAAUUAGUUAUUAAUCGGCAUACCAAGAAUGCUCUUUAGUUGUUAAAUCUAGGCUAAACAUAGAUGGUUUUUACCAACUAUCUGAUGAUUUUAUGAAUUUGAUCCAAUAUAUACUAAUUCAGUUAGGCCUAUGUGAAACUCUUAAAUGUUACUUUCCUUCCCUCAUGCCUUCUCACCUUCUAAAUUAUCUAUUUUAUUUCCUUUUUGUGAAGUGUCAAUAGUGUAACUAUUUUGUAACAAAUUAUCAAAUACAUCAGAUACCAAACAGCAUUUCUCUUUUUACCAGACCUUUUAGUUUUAAGGCCUUGAGUCAAUAGCAUGUGACACAUUGAACUCUACUAAAUAUCUAAUGAUUUUAUUUAUUUAUUUCAUACAAUUACAGAUUUAAAUCUCUCAACUGUGAUAUUUUAAAAGAUAUAUAAUUAAGGUUCAUAUAUCCCACGCCACAUUAUUCUUUUUAAGAGCUUUAAUUAUUUUAAAAUUUACGUUUCUAAUAAAACUAUUUAUAUUUCAGGAAAAUUGAGAACAUACUACAAGUACAAGCCCUACAAAAUAAUGAAAGUUAGCAUCAUUUAAAUAAGAGAUCCAAAUGAUUUCAGUUCUAGCUCUACAAGAUCAUUGAGUUUCCAUUAUUUUUUCAUCAGGCCUUAUCAUGGCACAACCUGAUUCCAAUUGGGAUCUACACAUUUUAAAAAACGAUGUAGAUGUUAAGCAAGAGAUGGAGAAUGAUGAUACUGACUAUCAUAAAAAAUUAAAUGCGAUUAUGGAAAAGGAGGCUAAAAUGGUAUUGAAAAAAAAUAAUUCCUUAGAGGAAAAUUCUGGUGUCAUGCUUAGUUAUAAUAAAGAUUCAUGCAAAAUCCAUAGCAUGAAUACAAGUUUUCCAGCCUGCUUAGUGGACUCUUCAGUUGGAUCUGAAAAUUGUGAAAUGCAGAAAAAAGUUGUGUCUUCACUCCAUUCAUACAAUAAAACAAACAAGAAUAGAAAUAAUAAAAAUAUUCACCAAUUGGUUCACGCUUCAGAGAAACCAUUCAAAUGUGAUCUUUGCUCAAAAGUGUUUAAACAAAGGCAAAAUGUAAUUUUACACCUAAGAGUGCACACUGGAGAGAAACCAUUUAAAUGUGACUUGUGCUCUGCAGGUUUUUCACAAAAGUCCCAUUUAGGUAUACACC